AAUCAGCCUCUCUAGUCCCAACUGCUGCCUUCUGGUGGCCUAUGAAGGCCCAAAAUCUCCUCAAGUUGACCUCUCCAGGCCCAGUUCGUGCCUCCUGUCAGCGUCUACAGGCCCAACCUCUGCCUCAUGGGGGCUUCUCCAGGCCCAGCUCUUCCUCUUGGCUGAGUCUACAGGCACAACUGCUGCCUCACAACAGCCUUUUUUGGCCCAGUUCCUGUCCAGCUCACCGCGGCCAAUGUAGGCCCAAAACUUCCUCAAGUCAAACUCUCCAGGCCCACCUUCUGCUUCCCGGUGGCAUGAACAGGCCCAGCUUUGACUUGAGAAUAGCCUCUGCAGGCCCUGCUCUUGCCUCCCAGGGGCUUCUCCAGGCCCAGCUCUUGCCUCAUGGCAGCUGCCCCAGGCCAAGUUUCUGCCUGCCUGCCAGCAGCCUCAACAGGCACAGCUCCUCCCUCACAGUGGCCCAUUUAGGCCCAACUCAUGACUGCCGGGCCAUUUCCAGGCCUAGUGCCUGCCUCCUGGCUGACUCUUGAAGCCCAA